GGCCGGCGGCUGGCGCUGCGCUCGCUCCCGGGCCUCGCCGCCUGGCCUGGCCGCUCCUCGCGGGCGUCCCGACCCCGCUCCCGGCGAUGGUGCUGCCCGAGCGCGCGUCUGUCCCCCGCCGCCGCUGACCCCGGCCCCCACCCCCCCGCCCCAUGGCCGCCUCGGCGCCGCCCCCACCGGACAAGCUGGAGGGAGGUGGCGGCCCCGCACCGCCCCCUGCGCCGCCCGGCACCGGGAGGAAGCAGGGCAAGGCCGGUCUGCAGAUGAAGAGCCCGGAGAAGAAGCGGAGGAAGUCCAGUACGCAGGGCCCUGCAUACUCACAUCUGACGGAGUUCGCGCCGCCCCCGACUCCCAUGGUGGACCACCUGGUUGCAUCCAACCCUUUUGAGGAUGACUUUGGAGCCCCUAAGGUGGGGGGUGCGGCCCCUCCAUUCCUGGGCAGUCCUGUCCCCUUUGGAGGCUUCCGUGUACAGGGGGGCAUGGCAGGCCAGGUACCCCCAGGCUAUGGCACUGGGGGUGGAGGGGGCCCCCAGCCUCUUCGUCGACAGCCCCCCCCUUUUCCUCCCAACCCUAUGGGCCCUGCUUUCAACAUGCCGCCCCAGGGCCCUGGCUACCCACCCCCAGGCAACAUGAACUUUCCUAGCCAGCCCUUCAACCAGCCUCUGGGUCAGAACUUCAGCCCUCCUGGUGGGCAGAUGAUGCCAGGCCCAGUGGGGGGAUUUGGGCCCAUGAUCUCACCUACCAUGGGUCAACCUCCCAGAGGAGAGCUGGGCCCCCCUUCUCUUCCCCAACGCUUUACCCAGCCAGGAGCACCUUUUGGCCCUUCUCCUCUCCAGAGAUCUGGUCCGGGGCUCCCCAGCCUGCCCCCCAACACCAGUCCCUUCCCUGGCCCAGACCCUGGCUUUCCUGGCCCCGGUGGUGAGGAUGGGGGAAAGCCCUUGAAUCCACCUGCUCCCACUGCCUUUCCCCAGGAGCCUCACUCAGGCUCCCCAGCUGCUGCUGUGAAUGGGAAUCAGCCCAGUUUUCCCCCAGAUAGCAGUGGGCGGGGUGGGGGCCCCCCAGAUGCCAACAGUCUGGCACCCCCCAGCAAGGUGGGUGGGGGCUCGGGGCCUCAGCCUCCCCCGGGCCUGGUGUAUCCGUGCGGCGCCUGUCGCAGCGAGGUGAACGAUGACCAGGACGCCAUCCUGUGUGAGGCUUCCUGCCAGAAGUGGUUCCACCGGGAGUGCACCGGCAUGACGGAGAGCGCCUACGGGCUGCUGACCACCGAGGCCUCUGCCGUCUGGGCCUGCGAUCUCUGCCUCAAGACCAAGGAGAUCCAGUCUGUGUACAUCCGCGAGGGUGUGGGGCAGCUGGUGGCUGCUAACGAUGGGUGACGCCAGCCAGGGGCGUGGUCUCCAAGUCUGGCUCUCGGUCCUCGUUUCCACUGGCUUCCCGUCCCUGUGGGGCAGAAGCACAGUGGCUCCUGGGGCCACAGAAGGAACAGGUGGGCAGGCAGAGGUGCCUGGAUCACUCACCCUUCUGGAAACGACACGGACACGUUGAGAUCCGCAGAGAUCCGGGGAACCAAAGCCCGUCUGAGUAUCGUGGUGGCUCCAGUCCUGAAGGCCGAGGGGUGUGGCUGUGAGGGAAAAGAGGCUUAAGGAGGAUCUGGAGGGCAGGGGCCUCCCCCAUGCAGGCCCCGAAUGCCGGCCAGCCACACCCCCCUCCCGGUGGCCUUGGUGUUUGGAGUGACCUCUUAAAGGGUUCUGGCUAGAGGAGUGGGUUCCCAGCCCUGCAGUAACCUCUUUGUGGGCCUUAGGAGACAGCUGUAGGGAAUAGAUGGGGAAUUUCCCCUUUUCUCACCCUCCCCUUGCUUCCUCCCAAGACCUACCUAAGUCCUACCCCCAUCAGAGAACCAAAUAGCUUGAGUAAGCAGGAGAGCUGUUGGCUGGGGCGGUUUCUUGGUGAUUUGGGGCUUCAAGACUGGGUAAGAGACACUGUCCGAACAUGUGUGUCCCUCAUACCAAAGCCACUGGCCCUUUCUCAGCCUCUCUUGGGCUUUUCUCCCAAUGACCACAUUUUUGCCAAAAAUUGGGCUUUGCGGUCUAACGGAUCGGGAUAUUUGAAGUUUAGACUGCCCUGGACCAGGGACCCUGCUCGCCUGGCCCUCCCCGCCUCGUCAGUUUGUUCCGUGGUCCUGGCAGCGCGGCCAUGGCGCUGGUCUCGCGCUUUUGGCGUCUGUAUUCCUCCGCCUCCCUGGCUCGAAGGAAAGCUUGGACGGGCACAGACCGCGUAUACCUCAUCUGAUAGAAGGAUCUCUGUCCCCGCGUGGGUAAGGGAGGUGGCGGGCCGGUCACUGCGGUGGUCCUGAGAUGCACUCCAGAGACUGGUGUUUUGCUUCUCUUUCCCUGCCUUUCUGUGUAUCUGCUGGGCCCGGGGGCUCUGGCAGUAUCCCUUCGUUCCCAGAGGCCGGCACUGGGCUCUGUUUGUUCCUAUUUUACUUUUUAUGCACCGCCUACCAGAGCUGGCCCUGCGCCCACGGAGGAGCCCCGCGCCGCGGUUCCCUGCGGUUCGAGCGCACGUUCCUCGGUGGGGUGGGGAAGGCAGGCACGGGUGUGGCCCGGAGAGGCGCCCCGGGUCCCCUCGGAAGACUUAGCGAGCAUACUGCAGAACGCAUUUGCCUGCCCAGGUGGGCAGCAGCGUCGAGGCGGUGGAAAAGAGGGGAGGGGGUUCUGGGCUUCUCUCUUUCAGUGUCUGUCCCCCCCCCCCUUUGUGUUGUGUUUGUGGUUCUGUUGCGCUCCUUCAUCUGUUGCUAUUUUUGUGAUGUCCUCCUCCCCUGCCUCCCAUCUCUGCCUUUUGUAAGUGGCUUCUGGGGGACGGGGUCUGCUCAAUUCUCUCCCUUCCCAGUACUUUUUGGAAGGAAGGGGGGGUGGCAGAGAUGUGGUGAUGGGUUUUUUUUGUACCGUUGGGUUAAUAAAAAGACUUGAAAACUCA